UGCUGCUGCUGCUAUAAACCAGCACACCAGAGACAAACCCAGACCUGCUGUAGACCAGAACCAGACCUGCUGUUGCUAUAAACCAGCAGACCAGAGCCAGACCUGCUGCAAACCAGAGCCAGACCUGCUACUGCUGCUAUAAACCAGCAGACCAGAGCCAGACCUGCUGUAGACCAGGUGAGACUGUGACUCAGAGUCCACCUGACUUGGGUUAAGGUCCUCCUGUCCUCAUGUCGUCUCUGCGGAGUCUGGUUCUGACCCCUCAGCGGACUCCGAGCUUCGUCAUCGUGACCCGCAGUCCGCUCCUCUUCCUGUCUCCGCGGCUCCACCGGCGGUCCCCGGACCGGACGCGGCUGCUGUCGGACCCUGAUGACAGUCCGGGACCAGAUCCUCCUGAGGCCCUUCUCAGCCCUGCGGCCUCGCCCCGGUUUCUGCUGCACCGGCCGCGGAUCAGACCUCCUCACCGAGCCGACACCACCUCUGAUGCUGCAGAGUCUGCGGACACCGACCUGACGACGCGCGCCGCCAUGUCGCUGCCGCACGUGCGGAAGGUGAUCACGCCCUACGGAUUCCGAGCCGUGCUGGCAGCGAGCCCGUGCACACGCCGGCGGGAGUCGCUGUUUCACCGGAACAAACCGGUGACGGUGACGGUCACUGACACGGACCAGCAGGACCCAUGGGCGGACCCCCCUACUCCUCCUAAUCCCGGUCCCGACAGGUCCCCGGUCUGUCUGCGGCCCAUUAGAGCUUUUGGCCUGCAGGUGAUGAAGGAGCUGAGGAGACCUGCAGCUGCCCUGAAGGCUCUGAGUCCCGCCACCAGGACGCGCCCCCGCUGACGUCACGUGGCGAGCUGAUCAUUCUCGUCUCUGUACAUUUUUAACUUUAAUAUUUUAAGAAAAGUCUCUGUUGAGCGUCGUGUGUUUCACUGACCUUUGACCUCCAGCUGUCAGUCAACAUCAGUUUCCAUGGUAACGGGAGUCAUUUACAACCUCAGGUGCUUUGAUUACUGCUCUAAAGCUAAAGAUCAUAUAUUUAUAUAAGAAAUGAAAGUCAUUAGUUGGUUCCAGCAGCGGAGCUACGCUUCCGCCAUUUGACUGAAAGCGACUACCAGGCGCCAGUAAAACGUCCGUCUACAAAGAGACGUACAAAAGUAAAACUA